AUGUCUGCACAGGAUGUGAACGAUUUUCAGGAGGUCUACAAUUCCAAAGUUGAAGUCAAAGCAGCUGAUGAUAAUGGUGACUUCGGCAGUUGCAAUACCUAUGCUCUUGAUGUCUCUCCUACUGAAAGUUACUAUGGUGAUGUGGAAUCAAAUGAGGACUCCACAACGAAUAUUCGCAGGUACCGGGAAUCGAAUGUAACUGGUGCCUACCCGGACAAUUCGAGUCCAUCUUUGCCAGACAGUAUAGUACAACUCAGACCACUCCAAGCAAGCUCCCCCAGAGCAUUUUCAAAUGAGCUUCCAGAGCAAAAUUUCCUCAAUGUAAAUUGUUCCCCUGCCGCUGCAUCUGGAUUACAACCGUCGCUUACGCCAUCACCACCAACGCUAUACACCAUGAGAACAAACGAGAGUUCUAUGGACGAUAAUUUUCAGUUGUUAUCACCGUACGUUUCAUUAAACACUGAAGCUGCAAUUCUUGACACACCGCCUCUCCUAUCAUUCUAUGGCACCGACAGCCAGCUACCAUCUUUUGACGAAAUAUAA